GGAACCAAGACAUCUUCCAGGAAGCUGCUGAAGCUGAGGACCAAAAUCAGGAAAGAAGAAAACCUUUCUCAAGUGUCAUCUGUGAAAAGCGUUUGACUUUCAAAUCUGUUUUUGAUGCUCAUAUGAGAACUCAUACGGGUGAAAAGCAGUUUACAUGUGUGACCUGUGGGAAAAGUUUUAAUCGAAAACAGAGUUUAACUGAGCACAUGAUGAUUCAUACUGGUGAAAAGCCGUUUUCAUGUGUGACCUGUGGGAAAAGUUUUAAUCGAAAACAGAGUUUAACUGAGCACAUGAUGAUUCAUACUGGUGAAAAGCCGUUUUCAUGUGUGACCUGUGGGAAAAGUUUUAAUCGAAAACAGAGUUUAACUGAGCACAUGAUGAUUCAUACUGGUGAAAAGCCGUUUUCAUGUGUGACCUGUGGGAAAAGUUUUAUUCAAAAACUGCAUUUAACUAAGCACAUGAGGAUUCAUACUGGUGAAAAGCCAUUUUCAUGUGUGACCUGUGGGAAAAGUUUUAUUCAAAAACUGCAUUUAACUCGGCACAUGAUGAUUCACACUGGUGAAAAGCCAUUUUCAUGUGUGACCUGUGGAAAGAGUUUUCUUCAAAAACAUCAUUUAACUAAGCACAUGAUGAUUCACACUGGUGAAAAGUCAUUUUCAUGCGUGACCUGUGGAAAAAGUUUCAGUGGAAAAUACAAUUUAACUGAGCACAUGAGGAUUCAUACUGGUGAAAAGCCAUUUUCAUGUGUGACCUGUGGGAAAAGUUUUAUUCAAAAACUGCAUUUAACUCGGCACAUGAUGAUUCACACUAGUGAAAAGCCGUUUUCAUGUGUGAACUGUGGAAAAAGUUUUUGUCAAAAACCGCUAUUAACUGACCACAUGAUGAUUCACACCGGUGAAAAGCCGUUUUCAUGUGUGACCUGUGGAAAAAGUUUUAGGCAUAAAUCGGCUUUAACUCUGCACAUGAUGAUUCACACAGGUGAAAAUCCGUUUUCAUGCGUGACCUGUGGAAAAAGUUUUGGAUAUAAACUGGCUUUAACUCAGCACAUGAUGAUUCACACAGGUGAAAAGCCGUUUUCAUGUGUGACCUGUGGAGAACGUUUUAGUCAUAAACCGACUUUAACUCGGCACAUAAUGAUUCACACAGGUGAAAAGCCGUUUUCAUGCGUGACCUGUGGAAAAAGUUUUAGCCAUAAACCGACUUUAACUCAGCACAUGAGAAUUCACACUGGUGAAAAGCUGUUGUCAUGUGUGAACUGUGGAAAAACUUUUAGUCAAAAACCGGCUUUAACUCAGCACAUGAUGAUUCACACUGGUGAAAAGCCGUUUUCAUGCGUGACCUGUGGAAAAAGUUUUCGUCAAAAACAGGAAUUAACUCGUCACAUGAUGAUUCACACUGGUGAAAAGCCAUUUUCAUGUGUGAACUGUGGAAAAAGUUUUGGUGAAAAACGGAAGUUAACUCUGCACAUGAUGAUUCACACUGGUGAAAAGCCGUUUUCAUGUGUGACCUGUGGAAAAAGUUUUAUUCGAAAACAGGAUUUAACUCAGCACAUGAGGAUUCACACUGGUGAAAAGCCGUUUUCAUGUGGAAAUUGUGGAAAAAGUUUUUGUAAAAAACAAAAUUUAAUUCAGCACAUGAGGAUUCACACUGGUGAAAAGCCAUUUUCAUGUGUGACCUGUGGGAAAACUUUUAGUCGAAAAUUUAGUUUAACUCAGCACAUGAUGCGUCACACAGUUGAAAAGCUGUAGAAGUAUGUUCCAUAAAUGUCCUGUGUUGU